AUGGGGACUAUCAACUUCGAUAUCAACGAUGCGCUCAAGCACUACAUGUCAGAUCCUGCAACGAUUCCCACGCCGGAAGCAGAUGCCGCUCUAUUCGAUUGCGAGAAUGACCCGGAGGCGCUCACCAACCAGGUGAUCAAUCCUGUGCUGAAUCCUAUCAUCGACGCGGUCGCCGAUAACCCAGACGCCAUCCUGCGGGCUGUCAACAUCGAUUCAUUACAAUUUCUGCUCAAAUAUACCCCCUAUAUACCAGCUCACAUCCUAAGCAAGGUGUUCGACUUGGUAAUGAGUGGGCUGAGUGCAGAGGCGGAUGCGGUACACAACGACAUCGAAUCACCGGAAGAGCAAGAAUCCGUGGCGCAUCACAAGCAACUACUCGAGCUAUACGGAUUCCUUAUUCAGUGGACCAUUGCCGCCGUUGAAACGAAAGCAGCCGAAAAGUCGUCUGCAGCGCCAGCUUCGAGAGGGCGAGGGAAGCCGAAGAAGGCAUCACAAAGAGAGGACGCCUGGGAUUCAGCAUCACAACUUCAGGUCGCGCUUGAAAUUAUGUGCAAAACUCUCAAAUUGAAAUUGUCCAAAAUCUUCAUGACAACGAGCGAGCGGGAUACCUUCAUUGGUCUGCUCACCCGACCGGUCUAUAUGAUUCUAGAAAAUGAGCAACGUGUCAAGACAACAACCAUCAGGAUGCACUGUUUCAAAGUACUGUGCAUUGCGGUCAAGCAUCACGGCCAUGGCUACGCCGCGCAAGUCAACAUCAUUCAGAACUUGACGUACUUUGAGCAUUUGUCCGAACCAAUGGCAGAAUUCCUUCAUAUCCUGGCCGAAACUUACGACUAUCCACAGCUAACCGACGAAGUCUUGCGCGAGAUAAGUAACAAGGAAUUCAACGCCAACGACACUAGAGGACCAAAGUCAGUCUCUGCAUUCAUCGCCAAAUUAUCGGAGCUUGCUCCAAGGCUGGUAAUUAAGCAGAUGACAAUGCUAGCUAAGCAGCUAGAUAGCGAAUCAUAUACUCUGCGAUGCUCUUUGAUCGAGGUGUGCGGUAACAUGAUUGCCUACCUGAGUAGGCAAGAUGAGCGAAGCGAUAAUCACAAGUCCCAGCUUAAUGCCUUCUUUGACGUCCUUGAGGAGCGCUUCCUCGACAUUAAUCCAUACGCAAGAUGCCGUACCCUCCAGGUAUAUGUGAGACUUUGCGAACUUGAGCAGAAAUUUCCCAAGCGGCGACAAAAGGCUGCCGAGCUUGCCUGCAGAAGUCUUGAAGACAAGAGCAGCAAUGUGAGGCGCAACGCGAUCAAGCUCUUGGGAACCCUUAUCAAGACUCACCCAUUCACUGUCAUGCACGGCGCUCAACUCUCGCGAAAGGAGUGGCAAGCUCGUUACGACAAGGUUGAGGAAGAACUCAAUGCGUUGAAGCCUCCCCCUGACAUUGCUGGCUUGGCGGAUGCUACAGUCGACAACAGCCUUCUCGAUGAGGCCACUCAAGUAGCGUCGCCAGAAAAGCCCCGGGAAAUGACGGAUCAGGAGAAGUUUGAGGCGGUCCAAAAGGCACGAGAGGAAGCGGCUACGAGUGAGGCGAUUGAAAAGCUCACUCUCACCAAACGAUAUUACAACGAGGCCAUCAAAUUCAUCGACGUCUUGCACAAUGCAACUGAGAUCAUCUGCCAGCUUCUUGGAUCUCGGAACAAGAGCGAGGUCAUCGAAGCCAUUGAUUAUUUCGAAAUUGGCGACGCCUACAACAUUGAACAGAACAAGGUCGGUAUUCGCCGUAUGCUACGAUUGAUCUGGACCAAGGGCAACAGCGACGAGGGCAAAGGCGUGCAAACCCAUCUCAUCGAGUGCUACAAGAGAUUGUUCUUCGAAGCGCCGGACUCGUUCAGCCCGAACGAUGCGGCCAACUACAUUGCGCGCAACAUGAUCAGCUUGACGUUUGGGGCUACCCCUGCUGAACUUACUUCACUGGAGCAGCUGCUUGCCACCAUGAUGAAGAGUGGUGCUAUUCAUGAAAUCGUUGUCGCUAAGUUGUGGCAGGUGUAUGGCGUCCAGAAACGAGAAAUCUCCAAGACUCAGAGACGAGGUGCCAUCAUCGUACUGGGGAUGCUUGCAACUGCCAUCCCUGAGAUAGCCGUUGGUGAGAUCGAAACUAUGCUGCGGACCGGUCUGGGAGCCCAUGGGCGGAACGAUUUGCAGCUUGCAAAGUAUACCUGCAUUGCUCUAAGACGGAUCAAUCCCACAGGCAGGCAGGCCAAGGAAUCAAACUCCAAGUUUGCGCGACUUCCGAACGACCACGCGGUCUGCUCAAGGCUAGCAGCCAUAACCGACAUACCUUCAGACACCAAAGAAUGGUACGGUGUUGCAGAACAGGCCAUCAACGCAAUAUACGCCCUCUCUAAGCAUCCAGACAUUCUUUGCUCAGCUAUAAUCCGGCGAAAGGCCAAGGGAGUUUUUAGCCGUCCUAGUUCAAGACCAACGUCGCGGGAUGAGAACAUGACACCACCUGACAUGGUGGACCUGACCUCUGAGAACCCCGUGCCGGCAUCAUCACCACCGAAGACUGCGAAGCGCGAUAAUGCCAUUGCCCUUUCUCAGCUCCUCUUCAUUGUCGGCCACGUGGCUAUCAAACAAAUCGUACACCUCGAACUCUGCGAAUUGGAUUUCAAGCGCAGAAAGCAGGAGAAGGAGAAGGAGAAGCCGGCGAAGGCGGACAAAGACAAGGAGGACGCAGACGAGCUGGAUCUCAUCGGCGGCACCACUGAGGAUGAUUUCACGGAGGCCAUGGCGCACAUCCGGGAGCGCGAGCUUCUGUACGGGCCGACUUCGCUGCUUGCAACGUUUGGGCCCCUUGUGUCGGAGAUUUGCGCAAACAACACCACAUAUGCAGACAAGGGGCUACAGGCGGCAGCCACGUUGUGCCUUGCAAAGCUCAUGUGCGUGUCAUCUGAGUACUGCGAGACAAAUCUCCCCCUUCUCAUCACAAUCAUGGAACGAUCCCCUGAUGCCACGGUCCGAUCAAAUGCCGUCAUUGCACUGGGCGACAUGGCCGUCUGUUUCAACCAUCUAAUAGACGAAAACACAGACUUUUUGUAUAGACGUCUUGCAGAUACGGACGUGUCAGUGAAGCGGACCUGCUUAAUGACGCUGACAUUCUUGAUUUUGGCUGGUCAGGUCAAGGUCAAGGGGCAGCUGGGCGAGAUGGCCAAAUGCAUGGAGGAUGAGGACAGACGUAUUGCUGACCUUGCGAAAAUGUUCUUUACGGAGCUGAGCACCAAGGAUAACGCGGUCUACAACCACUUUGUGGACAUGUUUAGUUUACUCAGCGCCGGCAACAUGGAGGAGGAGAGCUUCAAGCGUAUCAUCCGCUUCCUCCUUGGGUUUGUUGAAAAGGACAAACACGCCAAGCAGCUGUCGGAAAAGCUCGCUGCCAGACUUGCCCGCUGCGAGACGGAGCGGCAAUGGAACGACGUCGCGUUUGCCUUGGGCUUGCUGCAACACAAGAACGAGGAGAUUACAAAAUUGGUUUCGGAGGGUUUCAAGGUGGUGCAAGCUGCCGCUUGA